AUGAGUUAUAUUGCAAAAAAGCCCUCUGUCCCAAACCAAGCGUCCCCCGACACUUCAAGCAACCGCGGCAUUGGCUACAGCGUAUCAAAGCUUUUCAGUGAACAACAAAUGCAAAUCUUCGAUGAAUUUGGCAACGAUCUUACCCCUCUUCCAAUGAUUUUUGAAGAUAAAAGGGUUCAGCAGAUGGAUAAAGAAAAUACAUUAGAUCCAUCAAUUCUUCAGACGUCCCAGUUGCAAUUCUUUAAUCUGCCCUUCUCGAGAUCCCUUCAAAGUGUUUCAAAUCCUUUCAGCGAAACAACUUCGGAACAGUCUGAAAGUCAUGUGACUAAAAAUGAGAGUGUAGCAGAAGUGAGGGAGAUCGAAGAGGAAGAAACCUCGGAGAAUAUUGACUUAGAUGAGCAGAUUUACAUAACUGUGGCGGAGACUGAAGUUUACUGGCUCUUCGAUCAGCAGCCGUAUUUUAUGCCUAGUGACGAUGAGUUUGCUUCCUAUCAAAUUCAACGCAACUCCGACUACAAGGCCCUGUGCGCCGCUCGUCUGGGAAAUGACCGAUAUGUGGAACGAGGUAUGAACACUAUGCCGAACCCGACCAUUGUCAAGGUGUCGCAAACUAAGGCAAUCAAAUAUUCUGAUAAGGCUGUCAAUGCCACCGUGUACGAUAUAUGGGACAGUGUCCAACAGGCUCUAAAAGAAGGUUAUGGGAACCGAGUAGAUAAGACGCCACGAUUGGAUCAGGAUGCAACGAAUAGUCGACCACCUAUGCGUUCAUCUGACAUCCCAACGGCAAUUUCUCGCAAUCUUAUUGACAAAAGCAACCCAUUACAGCUUUCUGAAGGCAUAGGAGAUGUGAACACUGUGUCUGGUGAAUGCGUCUACAGUGAUAGAGCCUUCUCUGUGGACACUGGCGAAAUAAUUUCUAUGAACACUGGCUCAGGCGACAAUGUCACGACAUUCAGUAAAUCCCAACUAUUACAAUCACUCGAUGCCAAUGAUCGAAAUCUACUUAAUCUGCUGAAAAACAUGGAAAAGGCUCUCAACCUGAACUGCUAUUAUGAGAAAUAUCUGCACUACAGAUCGGUGCUUCUAAACAGAUUGUUCGAGGAGAGUCACAAAACCUCGGAGGCCUCAGAGUCGGAUGCAACUGCGGCGCCCUCGCCCUCCGCAACGAAGUCGAAUAGAGCUAGCGCAGCACCCUUGAUGUCAGGUGUUGGAGAGACCGAGGCGGAGGGGCCGCGUCCCUCAGUGCGCCAAACCACGUUCGUUCGCCAGUCUCUCGUUUUGCCACCACUGCAGCCAGACACCGCCACCACUGCUGACACCCACGAUCCCUCCACCCCUAAUGGUGGCGGCGGUGGUAGUGGCGCUCCGACAGAGGGUAGUCGCAUGAGCGGCCCCAACACCGAGAACGGUGUGGAGCGAGCAUCUAAUGCAACAAGAAAGGCCACAGGCAACAAACCACUGGCCGUGGAGGCGACGCCUAGUUUGUAUUUAAAUGGUUCCAGCAACAUCUACACCCCACCUGCUCUGCUGCUGCUCUGGAGGUUCGGUUGUUCUUUCACAAAAGGUAGGAACGUGGCCUCGCUUGCCUUUAACCCUCGAAACAAGGACAUUCUGGCCGUUGGCUACGGUGCUUUCGAGUUCGACCGGCAACAAUCGGGUCUGGUGUGCUGCUGGAGCGUCAAGAAGAUCAAUUUCCCUGAGCGCCUCUUCUGCACUCCCAGUGGUGUCACUACCAUUGCGUGGUCUUCCAAAAACGAAAACCUUCUAGCCGUUCGUAAUCACUCGUUUUAG